AUGAGCAAGAAGCGAUGCAGUGUCAAUAAAUGGUCGAUUGAGGUCUACGAUUAUGAGCGAAAAGCAAUUACCGACGAAGCCGUGGGCGGCAUUGAUCUUCGAAGAGGCUAUUGGAUCCACUGCAAAUGGUGUAACACGACAUUGAAGACGACAUCGUUUUCACUUGUAAGCUGGAAGUGUCAUACGAAGACAAAGACGCACUUGGUCCGCGAGCAAAAGACUGGAGACGGAAGCUCGCAGCCUCAGGUUAUCAGCUGCUCGUCUCAGUCCUCGGUGCACAGCUUAACAACCAGCUUGCAAGAGAGUGGAAAGGUUUCGCUCGGAGGUCAAUCGAUCGAAGAUCACGAGUCAUUGAUGCUAGUUCGUCGUGAUCUUUACAAGAACAAGCAAGACCAGGCUCGGCAUGAGAAGGACGUGAACAAUGUAAUUAACGCGAUGACUAAUCUAAUCACCGAGCAACAAAGUGACUUGAACUCGUUGCAAGACAAAGUGUACGACAUGAAACACGAAAUACAAGAACUAAAAAAGGAAUUGCAUAUCUUUCAUUGCAAAAAAACUGAGCAAAAGAACAUGCGAGCGCCGCAGAAAAAGAUAGCUGCAUUAACUUCGUUUACUACUCGACAUAUACCCGAGAGUCGUGGGUUUCCAAAAAAGACUGAAGGCGGUCACAACAACGGAGCGUGGUUCAGAAGUUCCGGGAAGAAUUCCAGUAGCAACAACAACAAAAUGAAGAGGAACACGUCAGAUAUGGAUAAUUUCGAAAAACGCUUCCGACUCACGGGACGCGGGUAA